AUGGAUUCGGAAGCUGAAGUUGUUGUUUGUAUGGCACUCGAUGGUAAUUCGGAAGCUGGAAGUGGUGUUUGUAUGGCACUCGAUGGUAAUGCGGAACUAGGUGUGCUAUCUCCGGACUGGGCGAUGGGAGCUGGCGCUGCUACAGAGCUUGGAGUGAUGGGAGUGGUUGAGUCGGUUGCUGCGGAACUAGGUGUGCUAUCUCCGGACUGGGCGAUGGGAGCUGGCGCUGCUACAGAGCUUGGAGUGAUGGGAGUGGUUGAGUCGGGCCACAAAGCUCGUGCUGCCAAAAUGAGUGACAAGGAGGUUUUUAUUCCCAAUGAAGAACCGGAUAUCAUUGUGGGUAUUGAUUUUGGAAUGACUUUUACUGGGGUUGCUUACUCCUCAGCACCGGAAUGGCUUCCUCCAAAGACAAUCCAGCGUUGGCCAGGAGGACUUCCAGGAGAUUUGGCAAACAAAGUACCAACAUGCAUCGAGUAUGACGAUGAAUCAGGAUUGGUAAAGAGAUGGGGCUUCCAGUGCGAUCAGGAACAGAAGUCUUCUCAUGUGAAAGAAUUUUUCAAGCUACACCUUGCACCUCAAUAUCAUGAUGACUAUUCAGGAUUGCCAACCAGACAGGAAGCUCAGAAAUGGUUUCAAGACUACAUACAGUGUCUGUAUCGACAUGUAGUUACUCAUUUCCAGAGUACAAUUCCUCAAUUUGUCUCGCGACACGUUGAGUUCAUCUUCAGCGUACCCACUACCUGGAAAGACGUGCGUAUGAUUGAGGAAACGAGGAGAUUGCUUGAAAGCUCAAUAAGCGCAAAGACCCCGAUGCAUAGUGUCUCUAUCGGUCUCACAGAGGCAGAAGCAGCCGCAGUAUACGCGAGUAAUGGGUUUUAUAAGACGAACGAUACAAUUCUGGACCUAAAUAUUCUUAAGCUUAAAUCGGACCGGGGUGACCCUGCUAAACUCGACCAGCUAGGACACGUUGAAGGGCAACCUAUUGGCUCAGUUUUCAUCGAUAGAAAGAUUCACCAAUUGAUUCAGGCACGAUUAGAAGGUGUUCGUGAGCAUUUGAAUCUCUCCCCAUCAGAGACGGCAUGGAGAAUGAUAUCGGGCCGGUUUCAGCGGCUGAAAUGCGCAUUUGGGACUGAAGUUACAUCAACCCCUGGGUUGAAGCUUGACAUUCCGUCGAUGAAAACUGAUCUGGAUGAUCCAAAAUUAGGGAUAUACGAUGGACAGAUGAUGAUUGAUUGGAAAGAGCUCAAACUUGCGUUUGACUUGAAGAUUGAUGAAACCAUUAAGCUCAUGGACGGACACAUCGCUCAAAUGAAAUCUAACUACCCCGAUGAGAAGAUUAAAUACCUGGUUCUGUCAGGAGGUUUUGGCAGCUCUUCAUACGUUCGCCAGCGCCUCAUGGAAAAAUACGACCCCGAGCGAGAUUCGAAUGGCAAAGGGAUGCAGGUUCUUGUUGCCGAUGAGCCUUAUGGUAUUGUCUGUGACAAGAUCUAUCAUCCCGAGCAACAUCUGGGAGAGCCAGUUCGGAUUGACGCUCGCGACAAGUUGACUUACGCCGUUGACCAAGUCGAAUGGAUUGUCAUCCAGGGGCUAUCGAUUCCAACUACAGGGCUGACCAAGCAGUUUCAACUGAAGGUGGAUAAAGGUCGUGAGAACGAAUCCUGGAAGGUGAGCGUUGUCAUGUCAGUCCUUCCACCAGAUAAACUUCCUCAGAACUUUCGUCACCAGGGGGUUCAUCAAGUGUGUGACCUUGAUAUCGCCACAUAUGAUGUGGAAAAGAAACUCAAAAAUCGACACUGGUACAACACAAAGCCUGCAUUUUGGAGGUCUACUUUUGAUGAGAAUCAUGUCAAGUGA